GAGAUGAUCUGGGGGAAGACACCUACAGUUUCUGCAGGUUUUUUACCAACCCCACCGCCAACUGCGAUGCCAGCCCUGCUUUGGGGGAUGACACCUACAUCCGCUGCAGGAUCUUUUACCACAACCAUUCCAGAUUCAAUUGCUGCAAAAGAAAUAAUACGCACUAGAUUUCCCGAGACAUGGCUUUGGGAAGAAUAUCUUAUAGGUGCAUCCGGAAUGCACACAGAUAUCCAGACUGUCCCUGAUGGUAUAACGUCUUGGGUUUCAUCAGUCUUUGCAACAAAUCCAUAUUCUGGUUUUUGCAUAUCUGACACGAAGAAAAAGGCAAUUAUUUAA